GACUGAUUACACAAGUGUGCAACAGGAAAUUGAGCCAGGAUACUGUACAGAACUGUGCGAGCAAGACAGCACACAGCUGCUAAUGAUAAAAUCAGAAGCCAGGCUGCGUUGUCGGCGCCAACUUUAAUUUGCAGGUUCGGUAGUUCUCUGCAAUCAUGUUGGUCAAAGGGAUUUACGUCGGCUUCCGUGUACCGCACAGCUGCGCAUGUUAAUACACAAUAGUGGCCGCGCGCGCGCUUCGCUAAUCUCUGUCUUCUGCUGGGCGCCGUCGAAUAGCACAGGAUCACCUGAUCCGUGUAAUCGGACUGACGUGACCGUAUAAAGACUGUACGCCGAUUGCACAAUUCUCUGGGAAUACUGCAUGUAUUUUUCCAACGGGAUCCUGGGCGUCCCGGUGCCCGAUGCGCCGGGCAUUAGCGGGCGGAUCAUGCUGUGGCAAAUUAAAAAGCCAGCGCCGCAACAGAUACGCGGCGCAUUUAUUUAGUGCUCAGCCGGUAGUAGGCACUGGUUGACAGCACACACUGCAGCCGUCAACAUACACACGCAGUGUAUCAAUUCCUGCUGCACAACUGGCUGGUGCGUCUGGAUUUAACAGCUCAGCGGGAUUCUACUUGAUUAUUCACGGGGCCUUUUUUCAGUCUCGCCGCUUAAUCGGCCUCCUCCAAAAAUCAUUCCAACAGUUGCCAGCCCCGCUAGUUGUUCACUUCCGGUUGAUUAUGACCAACUCCCAGUUUCCAACAAUACCCGAGGCGCCCGUUAGGAUCCGUGAAGGGUGGUUAAUGAAGCGAGGCGAGCACAUCAAAAACUGGCGACCACGAUACUUUGUGUUGCUGUCAAAUGGGUCACUUCUGGGAUUUAAGACUGCUCCCGGAGAUGAUUUGGCUAAUCCGCUAAAUGACUUUACAGUUAAAGGUUCGCAGAUUUUGAAGACUGACCGCCCGAAACCGUUUACUUUUAUCAUGCGAGCUCUGCAACAAGAUUCUGUCACAAUAGAAAGGAUGUUCCAUGUGGAAUCAGCCGAAGAAAGGGAAUUAUGGUGCAGUUCCAUCCAGUCGCUUGCAGACAAAUUUAUCGUAUCCGCUGAUUGUGUAGCACCCAGCAUGAAUACCAAAAGCGACAAGCUCUACACUGUUCGCGAUCCUUCAACAACGCUAAAAAUGAAAUUGGAUGAUUUCGAAUACAUAAAGCUCCUGGGAAAAGGGACUUUCGGAAAAGUGAUGUUAGGCAAAGAGCGAUCAAGCGGCAAACUAUACGCUGUCAAAAUGCUACGCAAAGAAGUGAUUAUCAGUAAAGAUGAAGUGGAGCAUACGCUGACGGAGCGACGGGUUCUGCAAUCAACUAGACAUCCUUUUCUUACGUAUUUACAAUAUGCUUUCCAAACUCGGGACCGAUUGUGCUUUGUGAUGGAAUACGUAAAUGGUGGAGAGCUGUUCUUUCAUCUUUCUCGAGAACGGACAUUUGACGAAGCUCGAGUGCGGUUUUAUGGAGCGGAGAUCGUACUUGGAUUAGGAUAUCUUCACGAAAACAACAUCAUUUAUCGCGAUCUUAAGCUGGAAAAUAUCUUACUUGACUCAGAUGGCCAUAUAAAACUGACCGACUUCGGAUUAUGCAAGGCGGAUUUACGAUUUAGCGACCGUACAAAAACAUUCUGCGGCACUCCCGAGUACCUCGCACCGGAAGUCCUGGAUGAUGUUGAUUAUGGUCGCGCUGUCGACUGGUGGGCGUUGGGUGUUGUGCUGUACGAAAUGCUGUGUGGACGCCUGCCCUUUCACCAUCGCAGUCAUGAUGUGCUAUUCGACAUGAUCGUGCUGUACGACGUCAGAUACCCGAAAACAUUGUCACGAGAGGCCAGAAGCCUGUUAUCCGGAUUGUUAAAUAAGAAACCCGCUAAAAGACUUGGAGGUGGUCCGGGAGAUUACAAGGAGAUCCAAGCGCACAAAUAUUUCGUAGAAAUCGACUGGGAUGAAUUAUACGCCCGAAGAGUUGCGCCACCAUUCAAGCCUCAGGUGUCCAGCGAAAGUACAGACACCAGAUACUUUGAGCAGGAAUUCACUGGCCGCACAAUUGAGCUCACUCCUCCUGCCAUUCCAGCCGGAAGUGCGGAAGCCGUCUGGUUUCGCGAUUUCUCUUAUCCUCAGUAAAUUAAUUCGCAGCAAUUAGGGAAGAUGGAUCCUGCUUUCCCAAGAUCAUAAUAUGCACUUGGUCUCAUAACGUACUUGCAACAAUCGUCGGGUGCGCUAAAUCAUUUCGCGCAGUUAGUAUUAGCUCCUUCGCACUUUCAUUUACUCAGCGAUAGUUAGUGAUUAAAAACACAGUGACAAAAUGUAUAUUUUUCGAUCUCUAUUUUCCGCAGAUUUACAAAUAAUUUUGCAAAUUGCACCAUGUAGUUUUUGGAAGUUUGUAAGAAUGAGCAAAGUUUGUCGGAUUAACAAUGGACUCAUUACUAC